UGUGGAGUACAUCUUUGCGAAUAUAGUUUAAAGUACAUAAUACGACAUCAUGGGUUGGGUUGAGAGGACGAAUAUGGCCGUAGCCAAGAGCGUGGUGGGAAGACGAUUCCGACUGGAAUACUCAGGACAUAGACAAGAGAGAAAAGGCACCAGAUUCUUGACAGAAGUAAGAGCUGGACUCGCAACAUUCUUUGCAAUGGCCUAUAUCAUAUCUGUUAAUGCACAAAUAACUUCAGCGAGUGGAGGAACAUGUAUUUGCGAGUCAACAGGCGCCUUCAGCAACGAUACACACUGCUUCAAUAGCAGCAAUCCCGCAUACGAGCCCUACACUCAAUGCAAACAGGAGAUUCAACGUGAUCUUGUCACCGCAACAGCUGCCAUAUCAGCACUCACCAGCUUCGCCAUGGGUCUCUGUGCCAAUAUGCCAAUUGCGCUUGCGCCUGGUAUGGGCUUGAACGCCUACUUCACAUACCAAGUUGUGGGAAGCAAUGGCUCAGGCACAGUCCCAUAUCGUCUCGCACUAACAGCUGUUUUCAUCGAAGGGCUGAUAUUUGUUGGAUUGUCCAUUCUUGGCCUCAGACAAUGGCUUGCACGAACAAUCCCUACAAGUCUCAAGAUUGCUGCUGGAGCAGGUAUCGGUCUCUACCUUGCUCUUAUCGGUCUUACAUACUCGGCGGGAAUAGGUGCGAUCACAGGCUCAUCUCCCGACCCUCUCGAAAUUGCUGGUUGUCCUAUUGGAUACAUCGAGAACGGACAAUGUACUUCCCACAAGAUGCGCAGCCCUACCAUGUGGGUUGGUAUCUUCUGCGGCGGCAUCUUCACAGCAUUCCUGAUGAUGUACCGUGUAAAAGGGGCUAUCAUUGCUGGCAUCCUUCUUGUGUCUAUCCUCUCCUGGCCUCGUGGUACCUCUAUAACGAAUUUUCCUCCAGGCAAUGCCGGGGAUGCUGCUUUCGACUUUUUCAAACAAGUCAUAGCUUUCCAUCCAAUUCAACACACAUUAGGUGCUCAAGACUGGAACAUCACCGGCGAAAACGCUUCUCAGUUCGCUUCUGCGCUCAUCACCUUCCUCUACGUCGACAUCCUAGACUGUACCGGAACCAUGUACUCCAUGGCCCGCUUCUGCGGCGCCAUCGACGAAGACACACAAGAUUUCGAAGGCUCAGCAGUGGCCUACAUCGUCGAUGCAAUGGGAAUAACAAUCGGGUCGCUCUUCGGCUCUCCUCCCGUAACAGCUUUCAUCGAAUCCGGAGCCGGGAUAUCAGAAGGCGGCGCCACAGGAAUAACCGCCUGCGUCACCGGCCUCUGUUUCUUCAUCUCCAUCUUCUUCGCGCCUAUCUUCGCCAGCAUCCCCUCAUGGGCCACAGGCUGUACACUCAUCCUCGUCGGAGCAAUGAUGGCUCGAGCAUGUACCGACAUCAACUGGCGCUACAUCGGCGACUCCGUCCCUGCUUUCCUUACCUUGGCCGUGAUGCCCUUCACGUACUCCAUCGCCUACGGCCUCAUCACCGGGCUCAUAACGUACAUCAUCCUCAACACCGGCGCGUGGAUCCUGCUCAAGGUCUCCGGGGGACGGAUCGUGCCGUACGACUACGAGAACAAAGAUUACUGGACGUACAAAGUGCGCGGCGGCCUACUCCCCGGCUGGGUGAAGCGCGCAGCGCGCGGGAAGCGGGAUUUCUGGCGGGAUUGGGAUUUCGAUGCGGAGGAGCUGACGAGUAGGGAUAGUUAUGCGAUGGCGAAGAAGAAUGUGGAUCGGGGGAGUGGACUUAGUACUGUGAGUCAGGCAGGCAUUGGACAGGCUGUUGCGCCGGGGAUGAUGGAUGAGAGGGGGGUCGUGACGGGAGAUACGAGUUGGAUGCAGCCGCAGAAUUAUAAUCAUAGGUAUGGCAGUAGGUCGGAUGUUGCUAUCGAUCCGUUGGAUGAGGAUGCAGACCGAUCGAGUAUUGGCUCGGCACCUCGGAGAUGAGUUGUGAUGAACAGCUGAUGUGGAAUUGGGAAAAGUAUCUUGGAUGUCAAGUGUCAUGAUUCGAAAGUAGACAUCUUGGUAGUUUUGAGCGUGGAGUCGAGAUUUGGACUCAGGAAUUGUUACGAUACCACGGGUUUCUUGUCUGUUUGGCGUAAAGAAUCUGGAUUAGAUAGUUGAAUAUUCAAGGCGAACAUCUUUACCAUCAAUUGUUUAACAGAUGGCGUCCUUGUGAUUUGUAGUGCCAGAAUUGAAUGGAAGACCAAUUUGAGCUGUGAGUACUCACGAGAU